AUGGGCGACUUCCUUUCCUACCAGGCCCGGCGAGGGCCGUGGUGCGAGUGCCGGCUGCGUGACCGGCCGACGGCCGGCGACCCGGCCGGGCGCUUCCGCUGCGGCGACCCGGCCCGGUCGGUGCCGUGCCGCUGCGCAUGGCGCGCCGGCCCCGGGCCCGGGGACAAGCACGGCGCGGCCCCCAGCGCCUCGGUGGCCCUCAAGCCCAAUGUGGCCUGCCUCCGGCGACAUGAUGAUUGCUACGGCUCGGCCGCCACGCCCCUGGGCCCGGUGGACCUGGUGACGGUGGCCUACGCCCGGGACGAUGCCAUCGGCCGGGCCUUUGUCCAGCGGGAGUCGGGGAAGUUCCGGGCCCCGGGGCCCGGGGGAGGCCCGGCAGCCGGCCCGCGCCGGGGCGCCAGCUCGUACAUGCACAUGGUGGUGCCGGCCGAGGGCCCGGGGCCCGGGGCCGGGGGCCACCCGCUGACGCGCGAGCGCCCGGCCAGCCCGGCCCCGGGCCCCGGGCCCGGCGCCCCGGGCACCUGGGCCAGCUCCUUCCUGGCCCUGCCCACCUCGCUGUCGCAAUACCUCCGGGGGGACCUCUCCCGGUCGGGGUCGCAGUCGACCGAGCUGCCGGGGGCCGGCGAGGGGCCGGACGCCGGGCCGGCCGAGCCCGACCCCGGGCCCACGCCGGACCGGUGGCCGGACGACUGGAACUGGGCCGACCCUGGCGAGUGGGAGCACAGCUCCGGCCCGGAGGGCGGCGGCGUGGUGGAGGUGCUGCACGCGCUGGCCGGGCCCGGGUCGCCGCGCGACCCGGCCUCCUUCGCGGCCUUCGCCAUGGGGCUGCUCCGGGAGCACCCGUUCGCCCGGGGCCCGGAGCCGGGCCCCGGGUCGACGGCCUCCUCGCUCGGGCCGUCGCCCAGCCCGUCGGCCGGGCGCCUGCCGCGCGGCGGCCUCGCCGGCGGCAACGGCGACGGCGGCGGCGGCGGCGGUGACCGGUCGCGCCCGGGCCUCGGGGCCCUGCUGGACCGGGUGUGGUCGGGGGCCGGGGCCGGGCGCGGGCCGAGGGCCGGGCUCGGCGGCGGCGGCGGCGGCGGCGGCGGCGGCCGCGACCCGGCCGACCGCCGGCCCAUGCCGGCCCCGGCCGAGGACCCGGACCCGGAGCCCCGGCCGCCGGAGACCGCCGAGGAGGCCCGCGUGCGCCGGGAGCUGCAGCUGGGCAUGGGCCCGGCCGGGGGGCCGGGGCUGCUGGGCCCCGGGGCCCCGGGGCCCCGGUGCGACUCGCGCUGCUGCGGGGCCGGCCUGCAGCUGGCCGACGUGCCCGGCCAGCGGCCCGACUCGCCGGCCGACUGCAACCUCCCGGCGUGGGCCGGCCACGCGGCCCCGGUGCUGGCCCGGCUGUACACCUUCGACCUGCUCCGCCGGCGGGACAUCUGCGUGGAGGUGUGCUUUGUGGGCCGGCCGCGCGGGUCCCUGGCCCGGGGGGUGGGCCUCCGGUGCUUCACGGUCGACCCGCAGGAUCCCAGCGUCUUCCACCCGGUCGACCCGCAGGACGCGGAGUGCUGGCGCCGGGUGGCCCUGUCGAAGGACCUGCGCGAGGGGGCCCUGCGGGGGGUGCUGCGCGACGCGGCCGCCGUCAGCCCGGCCUGGUUCAGCCUCGUCCGGUGGCUGGAGGGCCCGGGGCCGGGGGCCGGGCCGACGCCGGCGCCGCUGGAGGCGGCCCGGCUGCUGGGCCGCGCCGGCACCGCCCCGCCGCCGCUGGCCGCCGCGGCCCUCGAGGCCCCCACCGGGUCCGGGCUGGACCUGGACCCGGGCCCGGGGUCGACCGCCGCCGGUGCCGCCGCCGCCGCCGCCGAUGCCGAUGCCGAUGCCGAUGCCGACGCCCCGCCGGCCCCGGCCGAUGUGGCCGCGCCGGUGUCCCGGGCCGCGGUCAUCUGGGCCGCGGUCCUGGCCGCCGGCGACCCGGUCAGCCCGCCAGACCCCCCGGCCGGCCGGCGCACGCCGCCGAUCGAGGCGCACCUGGCCGCGGCACUGCGCACGCUGGCCAACCCGCAGGCCGGCUGGGCCCGGCCGGCCCCGCUGCUGUCGCCGCCGGACCCCGACGAGCAGGAGGCCUACCACACGCUGCUGCUGCUGGCCGAGGCGGCGCACCGUCUGAGCAGGUAA